AGAGGGUGGGAGGCUCCAUGCUCAGCAUCUGCUCUAUAACUGCCAGCAGCUUCUCCUCAGCCCUGAGACUGAAUUCUCUGGACUAACUCACAGCUCACAAGUCCGCCAAGGAGAGGAAUCGGCUGGUUCUGUUCCCAGUACUAGGGUAGCAGUGUGUGUGCUCAAAACGCUACAAAUUAACUAAGGGAGAUCUACAUCAUGGCCACAGACAAACCCAGAAAAAAGAGAGGCAAAAAUAAAAAUGACCCAUGCAUUACAGAAGAACAGUUUUCUGAGCCAAGUAAACCAACUGCCAGCAAUGAUCAUCCUUCUAGCCCUGGAAGAAGAUUUGCAAUUCAAAUGUCAGAGCUGUCAGAGCAUAAUGAUUUUCUUUUUGGAAUGGCAAGCUUUCUCAUGGAGCAGUUAUCAAGAGCCAAGUUUGAAAGUUUGCUUAAUGAUUACAUGGAAUCUGAACUAUUUGUGAUUGAUGGAGAUUCUUUAAUUAUUACAUGUGUUACAAAUGAAUCUCUGAGGAGAGGACAGAAUUUGCAUUUCUUUUUCUUGGUGGAACGUUUUCUACUCAAUUUGACAAAUAAGGGAGCAAAAUACAGCAUUGUAUUUUUCAAUGAUAUGGAACAUUUGUAUACUGGAUGUCCUGACCUUAUCUCUUUACGCUCCCAACUUAUGUUGCAUCUUGAAAAUAAUACAGACAUAACUGUACAUUACUUUUCCAACUUUCUAUGUGAGCAAUGGAGGGAGUUUAUCAACCAUCAGGCUCUUUAUUUUGUGAUGGUUUGUGAUGAAGGACUAAACAAUGAGCAGACAUGUUUUUUGAAUCUCUUGAUCCUUCAUGCACUUGGAAACCAAAUAAAUGUUGUUCUUACAGCUGGACAGGACUCUGAUAAUCUCAGGGCUUUUGGCUACCAUGUGAGUGCCACAUUUCAUCAUAGAGCAUAUCUGCAAAAGAAUGGUGCAAAGAUAAAGAAAGUUUUUCAAAAGCUAAUUACAAGUUUCCAAACACCUGAGAGAAGUGAAUGUUUACCCUAUAUGCAACAUAUGGAAAAAGUAAAAAAACAGGUUUAUCAUGAGAUUUUUCUUCUUAGAAUGCAUUUAAGUGAUGGAUCAGACAUACGCAUACUCAUAUGUGCAAUUUCAUGUUCUAUGACAUUAAGAAUAUUUAAUGAGGCGCAAAGGACACCACAGGGUGAUGUUCGAUUCUUGGCAAUAGAUGAAGUGGCUGACCUAUGUAGAAUGAUGUGUCUUAGUGAGGCUUUAAUGAUUGUUCUGCCUAUUUCUCAAAGAGCAAAAUCUAGGCUCAUAAAUGCUAACUGGAACAUGGAAGCUGCCUUCAUUUUAAAUAUGCUAAAAAGAUGUGAAGCUUUUGCCUUAAACCUUCUAAGAACUCAAUGUAAAAAACUGGCUGAAUCAAUAAACUGGACUUAUAUAUCCAACCUCAGUGAUGAUUUACUGCUGAAAAACAUUGCCUAUUACUGUGAAAAAGAGAUGUCCACUGAUUGUGUUCCAGAUAUACAUUUGGAAACCGGUGAGGAGAUUGAGCAGGUGUUUAGACAUAUCUGGGAUACAACACUUCAGCUAAGUCAGUGUGGAAACCAAUUACAAUCAUAUCAACUUCGAACAACAACAAGACCCUUCCUUUCAGAGGAUGCUUCAGUUAAUGUGGACAUGGAAACAAUACAGAGUUUGGGACUAAUACCAGUGAGUUCCGAUAUAAUUGAUGACUAUGCUGGGGACAUUGUGAAUGAUUUAGCAGUGUUAACCAGUGACGAUCCGGCAUUGACAUCACUGGCCCGGGCUAAACCAUUUGAUGAACUCACACACUGGCAUUCCAGACGACCGCUCUCUGAUGACUAUGACAGAACAAAAUGGGCGCCAAUCAAGAAUGCUUAUGCCCUUAGAAGCUAUCAGAGAUUCCAGACUUUCCAACGAUUUUAUGGAAAAUCCUUAGGCAUGAGUAUGGCUAAACAGAUUGUAUUGAAAAGUAGUUUCACAGAAAUCAAUCAGAAAAUUCCCAAGGCUCAUGGACAGAAAAAAGGAACAAAGAUGAGCAAAAAAGACCAAAUAAUUGAAGAAAAUCUGAAGAAGAUCAGAACCCUGGAAGAGAAGAAGGAAAUUGAAAAGUGGAAAGCCAAAGCUUCAUCUCUUGCUGGAGAAAUAAGACGUGACAUCUUCUGUGGGAUGAGACAAGCAGAGCAGUUUAUCAGCUCAUUGCAGACAAAGUCUUUAAAACUUCAAGCACAGUUUCAUGCUCUUGAAACAUGUUUUGCACUGUGGGUUAACCACUGUAAAGCUAACACAGAUAAAGAAACAAGAGAUCAGAAAAUUGUUGUGGAAAUGAUGAAGCUAAUACAGGCUAUUGUUAAUGAUAACCAGGAAAUGUCACAAAGGGAAGAGCAAAAAAAGGUGUCUCCUUUUCUUAUUCACUUAGGAUUCGAAAACUUAGCCGAACAACUGCAUUACCUACAGGUAACCAGGUCUGAAAAUAAAGAGAGUAAGUAUGCAGUUGGAGUUGGGUCAUCUCGUUUCCAGAUGCAGUAUAUGGGUCCAUAUUUGAAGAAAGAUGAGAGAACAGAUCCAGAUCCAAGGAUUCAGCAUUUUAUACCAGAUACUUGGCAGAGGGAACUCCUUGAUGUGGUGGACAAUAAUGAAUCUGCUGUAAUAGUGGCUCCCACCUCUUCAGGAAAAACCUACGCCUCUUACUACUGCAUGGAGAAAGUGUUGACUGAAAGCAACGAUGGAGUUGUGGUCUAUGUUGCUCCUACUAAGGCUCUUGUAAAUCAAGUAGUGGCCACUGUAAUUAAUCAGUUCACCAAAGAUCUACCAAAAGGAAUUGCAUUAUGUGGGGUUUUCACAAGAGAUUAUCGAUGUGAUACGUUGAACAGCCAGGUGUUAGUAACAGUGCCACAGUGUUUGGAAAUCCUUCUAUUAUCUCCACAUCGACAGGCAUGGGUGAAUAGAAUCAAGUAUAUGAUAUUUGAUGAGGUGCAUUGCUUGGGAGGAGAGAUUGGAGCAGAAGUCUGGGAACACAUAUUGGCGAUGGUUCGUUGUCCAUUCCUGGCAUUAUCUGCAACAAUUAGCAAUCCAGAACACCUAACUGAGUGGCUACAGUCUGUCAAAAAAUACUGGGCACUACAUGAUGAAGCAAAGGAACAAAAAUUGCGGCCAAAAGCAGCUAAAAAUAAAGCAUUAAAAGCAGAAAGGAGAUCCUGUCGAGUUCGACUAGUUUUGCAUGACAGGAGAUACAAUGACUUGGAAAAAUAUGUGUGUUCUGAGGAAGAUGGUGAAAUUAAAUUUCAUCAUUACCAUCCAUGUGCUGCAUUAACAAUAUCACAAAUCCAGAAAAGUGGAAUUCCAAAAGAUCUGGCAUUCUCUCCACGGGAAAGUUUACAGCUCUAUGAUGCUAUGGUGACCAAACGGCCAGAAUGGCCCAGGAAAGCAGCACUGGAUCCAGAAAACAAUGUAUAUCUUAAGGACAAACUUGCCAUCACAAAAAUAGAUGCAGCCAAUUAUGAAGAAGAGGUGAAGAAAGAAUUGAGUGAAUGGGUUAAGAAAGGCUUCAAUGAUGAGGUCUCUCAGGUGCUCGGAAUCCUUGGACACUUCCUAUCUUCUGAAAGGAAACGCCAACCUAAUUUUCCAAACCUUGUUCAACGUUUAAGGCAACUUGAUAAACUACCUGCUUUAUUUUUUGCGUUCGAUAUUAAGUUAGUUGAAGAAUUAGCAAAGGAUCUGGGUCAGAAUCUGAUAAAGGAUUCGGAAACAAUGCAAACCCCGAAGAUUGUGAAAGAAAUGCAGAAACUGAAUAUGAAAGGAAAACGAAUAGAGAAGACCAUUAAGUCUUCAAGAAAAGAUGAGUCCUUUGUUAAAGAGGCCACAGCUGCAACUUUAAAACAAAAAUAUGAGAAAAUAUCCAAAGAAUUACCAGAAUGUAGCUAUGCUAAUUAUGGAGCAGUGGACAGUGAGACAUUACUGGAAAUGACUGAACAGAUAAAAACUGUGAGACAUUCAGAAGAGCUGAUAUCGCUGGCCGAAAGAGGCAUUGGAUACCAUCAUGGAUCCAUGGAUUAUAAAGCAAGACGUUUUGUUGAAAUGCUGUUCCGAAUGGGGCACAUCAGGGUUGUAACAGCUACUAGUUCUCUUGCACUGGGGAUCAACAUGCCAUGCAAAUCUGUGGUUUUCCUCAAAGAUUCCUCUUACCUGGAUGCACUGAACUACAGACAGAUGGCAGGGCGUGCUGGAAGAAGAGGACUGGAUUUAGAGGGAAACGUCUACUUUGUUAACAUUCCAAUGACAAAAGUGGAGAUGCUCAUCAAAUCCAAUGUUCCAGAACUAAGAGGCCAAUUUCCUCUGAGCAUUUCACUUGUUUUAAGACUAAUGUUGCUGGCAACCAAAGCAGAUGAUAAAGGGGACGCCAGAGCAAAGGUUUUAUCUGUUUUGAAACACUCACUCAUGUCAUUCAAGCAUCCCGUUAAGACUCAAAUGUUAAAGAUGUAUUUUGUGUUUUCUUUACAAUUCCUGGUCCAUGAGGGAUACCUGGAUACAGAGUGUGACCCCUUGGAAUUAACAGGACUAGUUACUCAUUUGCACUAUCAUGAACCAUCAAAUUUUUUGUUUGUCAGUUUCCUAAAAAAGGGACUCUUUCACAAGUUGUGUAAACCAAGCACUAAAUAUCCUGGCACAUUUCCAGAUUCUGUUAUGGAAACUUUAAUGCUGGUGUUGGCACACUUGUUUGGAAGAGAAUACAUUCUUUCACAGAAGAUGAAAUAUAUGGGUCCUUUCUUCCAAUCCAAGGUCUUUCUUGAGAAACUACCAGAUGAGUUUGCUGCUGUUGUGGAAGAACACAACAGGAAAGUUGCAUUAUUAUUUAGUCAGUGUAUUCUGACAGCUUCUAAACUGGCAAAUACAGAGAAGGAAUAUCAGCUUCCUCUCUCAAAAAUCAAUCUUUCAGGCAAGGAGUGCAUGAAUUCAGGACUGGUGGAUCAUCUGAUGUCACGCUCUGAAGGAAGAAGUGGAAUAUCACCAUUUGCCUGUCUUUCGGGAAACACUGAUCAUGACUUGAUGACCAUGAAAAAUGUAAACAGUAUGAUGUUGUCAACCAUUCAAAUUCCUGAGAAGUAUUUUCCAAUUUUUUAUUUGGAGAAAACUGAUGCAUGUGGAAGAGCAUUGACCCUUAACUCCUAUGCCCUUGACUUUUAUAAACAUGGUUCAAUAAAGGCAAUCGUUUCGGAUAACGGGUUUAUUGAAGGAGAUGCUUUUUACAAAUUAAGGGAUUUCUCACUUUCGAUUGCAGCCAUCAGCGUCUCCUUGAGGGAAAUGUGCGAAGAUAAAUAUGAUCCAGUUCCAUUGGCUUUUGAACAACUCCAACAAAAGUUCCGGCAGAAACUUGAUCUUGUAAAAUAAUUUUUUUUU